CCACAUACCCGUCGACGCAGCAGUCGCAAGGGCAGCAGUCGCAAGGGCAGCAAUCGCAUUAUCAACAGGUGCCGCGGAGACGAAGUGAGCCGUCCAAAGAUAAUCGUAAGUAUCGACCUCGAAAUCUUCCUUGCGCAGCCGUGAUCGUGCAAUUACCAGUUGCAUUGGUGUGCUGUCCUUAUUUCGAUGAUCAGAAGCGUUGAUAGUUGCUGCUAUUACGUAGGAUAUCGAUCGACGCCUGAUUCAGGCGACGGGCAUGGUGACGGCGCAUCAGAAGCCACAGGAUCGGAAGACUCGCACAACACCGCAAAAGCGAACCUGUCGCGCCAUGUCACCUCAGUCAUAUCCCAUUUCACAGCGACCGAAGAGGGAUAUCGAAGGUUGUUGAACGAGCUAGAUGACUUCCUUCACGUCGUCACUCCAUCCGGAACAAUCGUGUACUGUUCGCCUUCCGUGAAGCGGUUCCUGGGCUAUACUGGUAACGAUCUAGCGGGGCAUCAUGUCUCCGAAAUUUUGCACCGGGAAGACCGUGCACCUCUGCUGCGGACCCUGCAGAGCCAAGAUCUCUCGGGGGGUGAUGGAACGUCGGCUUCCAGUGCGACCGGCAUUAGCGUGCCACCAUCGUGCACGAUGUAUCUGAGAUACCAAAAGAAAGCCGGCGAUUUCGUAUUGCUGGAGGUGCGAGGCAAACAGCUGAUGGAUGACAAGCAUAUCAAGAGCUUGACGAACGGGCCCGGUGCUGCCAAUGCGGCUUCCUCGGUGGGCACGGCACGUUGCGUAGUUCUAACCGCUCGAGAAUACCGUUCGAAAGCGUCGCUAGCAGUCGACUCGCUGUUAGAGUACCGGAUCGAAAAUCUGCGCUUACGGCGCCAGCUCAGCGUGGAACUCCGGGAACGCGGGAUAGAUCCCGGAACGCAUCCGUUGCUUCGGGUGGGUCCACCGUCGCCACGGAUCCCACAUCCACACGAUCCAGAAUCUUUCGAACCAUUCAAUGAUUUGGAAACGGGGCGACCGGUCGGUGAUCAGCAAGCUGGAUCUUUGUCAGAUAAUGCAGGCAUGAAAGACAAAGCAUCGUAUCGCGGAGACAAGGACCAGUCUUUGUCUUCAAGUAGCCUCGUGGCCGUUUCGGAUAUUAAUAUUGGCGUCAAGGAGAAAUCUGAACCGAGUGCUCCGCCGAAACGAAAGCGGAAAGCCCCGAGAAGCGAAGAGCUCUUUUGUCGCCAGUGUGGGACAACGUCGUCCCCGGAGUGGCGUAAAGGCCCCGAUGGUCCCAAAACCCUAUGUAACGCCUGCGGUCUCGCCUACUCCAAAAAGCAGCGAAAAUUCAACAUUGCCGAUACUGGUGGAGGUCCAGCCGCGGGUACGAAUGGCGCUGGAGGCGGAAGUAGCGUUGCAGCUGGCCGGGCAUCUGGCGACAGUGCUAUCACGAAUCACAGUAGCAAGGCAGGUCCGAAGUUGGGAUCGGCGACCUCGACGGCACUUAUUCCGGAUACCCCGGUGCCUCAAGGGAAGAAUGCGUGACGAUCGAUGUUGAUGUGCUUGGAAAAUGCGAUGGCGGCUUCCAGACUGUAGCAUUGCUUUGCAGCGUUCUUCAGUGCACGCGUGCCUAUAUCGAGUUCUUUCAUUGGGCUUGGCGGUUGGCCAUGCGAUGGCGAUCGCGACAGAUAAGAUACUCGGAUGCUCAGUGGACGGGACGGAUAUCAAGCGAGCGGUCUUCCCUUCCCGACCGCUCUAUCCCAUUCGGGGCGUACGACGGUGCCCGACACACCGCGCGUCUACUCCGGUUUCCCAAUCGAAACCCCACGCUGUUCCGACACGCUUUCAUGCCGUCGUAGCGAUGAACCCGCU